AUGAAAAAUGAGAGACCGUUCACUGGAGCGGUUUUUUCCUAUUUAGAACAGCAUCAAGUACUCUUGAGUGAAGGUAUGACCUCCAAUAAGGGUGAGAGUUCUGUUUCUGGUGGUAACAGUGUCCUUACUAAUAACGGUAGCAGCGGUAGUGGUUAUCGCUCGGGAGAGUUGGGUUUUGGAAAAUUAACACCAUCACCGCCAACGUCAUACUCAGGGCGAGGAAGACCACAGGGAACCUCUCGCUAUGAAGGAUUUGAUGAUUGGAAACAGAGUCCAUCUUAUGGUGGACGUCGUGACGGAAGUCAUUCUCAGCGUGGUUACAGUGUUGAUAUUAAUGGUGGAUCCCAAACUCGCCAGGGUAACGAUUAUGGUCGUAGUCAUUCUAUUCAUGGCGUUCUACCAAUGGAAGAAGGACAUUUGUACCAUACAGAAGUAGUAAAGAACGAGAGAGAGGAUGUUUUUCGUAGUGCAUCUGUUCCAACUUCACGUUCAGAGUUAUCCUACUCUUUGAUGUUUAACAAGAAUUCCCGAUCCUCUACACCUGCCUCUGGAAGGAACAAAUCUGUCUUAAAUGGCAAUAAGGCUUUUCCUGAUAUACCAUUGCUUCUUGAGAAUGCAUUGACAGAAAAACAAAGUUCAAGCGUUAGAACCUGUCUACAAAACUCUACUGGAUCAUCUCAAAUAGGAACAAAAGUGAAGGUACUUGAACUCUUGGAAUAUUGGAUGAGUGAUGUAGCGACGGCUGACGCUAUUGAACGUUUAGUUAAAGAGGUUUUCCGAAAAGCCAAGUCUAGUGGUGAUAAUACUGAUGUGGGGACGAAAAAUAAUGAUGGACAUUAUGGGGAUAUUGGAAAUAUGAAGGGUGAUGAAUUAAGUUUAGGAGCUCGCCAACCAAAUGAAGAGGAAAGAGUACUUAAGUCAAAAGGUAGAUCACCCUCAUCAUCAUCAUCAUCAUCAUCAUCGUCAUCCUCGUCCUCAUUGCCAGGUACCUUCACACAGAAUUCCCCUGAGCCAAGGGGUGUAAAUAGAGAGGUAACAAUGAAACAAGAACAAGAACAACAACAGGAGCAACAACAACAACAACGGCAACAACGGCAAGAACAAAGAUUACAACAAGGAAGUGAAGAAGUUAGUGGAAUUGAUGUGAUAAUGAAGAAAGAGGAUGUUACCAGUACAUCUCCAAGACGUAGCUCUCCUUUUACAGAAGGAUCUUUAACUGCUCAGGAAGUAGUAAUGGCACCUCCUCGCCCACGUCCACCAAAAGCACCAAAGGCUCCAAACUCUGCAUUGAUUAGAGUAUUGAAAAGUGAAAAAACACCUUCACAAAAUUUUACCACCAAGGCAGCGACAUAUGAAGAUAUCCCCCGUUUCUAUUACCCAGAAGGAGCACCACAGGUAAAAGAGGAGAAACUCAUUGGACCUAUUAGUAAAAUGCAUGAAAAUCCACAUCUAAAACUUGUAGAGGGAAUGGUAAUCCCUACAGCUGUUUACACUACUCAAGAGGAUCGAGCUGCUGUCAUGAGUGCAGAUGCGUUCAGGGGGCGAAAAACUAAGUCCCUUCCAAUAGCUCAGCUUAAAGCAAUGGAUGAUAAGGAUGUUUACAGUUUUAUUCAAAAAGAGUUUAGUCGUCUUCCAUCUUUUCCUAGACAUCAACAAGGCACACGUCCCCCAAGAUCAAUGGGAAAAGGAGUUCUGGGUAUGAGUAGCAGCCUACAAACUAGACAUGGGAUGAACUAUAGGUUACAGUUAACAUUAGCAAUCCAAAGAAUAUGUACACAGUGUUUUGGAUUACCAAAAUAUUUUGCCUUUCUCAUAAUGAAGAUUUUACAAGCGAACACAGAUAAUGGGAAUACCAGUUCAAAGUUAAUUCGUGGAAAUAUGCCUGUGUCGAUGUCUUCUUCUGUACUUUCAGGAUCAACUUCUACGUCUCAAACAUCAUCAGUUACAGUGGAGCAAUUAUGGGAAUUAUUUGAAUCAUACUUGCGUGGUCGGUGCAUUCUCCGUCGAGUCUUUGAAAUGUUUCUUCUUAGUUCUAGAGUUCUUACAAGUAGUUCAAUCACACCUCUUGGGAAGAGUGGAAAGUCAAGGGAAACGUCAGUUGUAGAAGAAGAACUACCACCAGAUCUACAGCGGCAGCGGCAGCAACAGCAACAGCAACAACAACAACAACAACAGAAAGAUCGUUCGUAUUUAUUACCGGAGGAUUUCCGUGCAUACAUUGAGGUACUACUGGAAUUUCACCCUGGUCUUGCAUUUUUAAAACAAACACCCGAUUUUCAAAGUAGGUAUUUGGAAACGGUUAUUUACCGUAUAUUUUAUGAUUUGGACCGCUUUGAUCGUGGUCGUAUAUCUUAUACUGAAAUGGAACGAUCUUGUUUUUUAGACGCACUUCGCCUAGUUGACGCAACCGAUGACAUAAACUCUGUACUCCUUUACUUCUCUUAUGAACACUUUUACGUAUUGUAUUGUAGAUUUUGGGAACUUGACGAGGAUCGGGAUAUGCUUUUGUCAUUUGAUGAUUUUAUUAAAUACGCCCCAGAGGGUGUAAUGAACCCAGUCAUAGCAGAACGCACAUUUAGCGGUAUGGGUCGCCGAUCCACCUGUGCAACAAAGAACCGAAUGAACUAUGAGGACUUUGUCUGGUUUUGUCUCUCAGAGGAGGAUAAAUCAACAUCAACAGCGAUACGGUAUUGGUUUCGAAUUCUGGAUCUUGAUGGUGAUGGAAUACUCUCCGCAUAUGAAUUGCACAAAUUUUAUGAUACAACACGAGAAAUUUUGUUAGCGCACAUACCUGAUGGAGCUGUAUCUGUUGAGGAUGUAAUUUGUCAAAUCUUUGACUUGUUUGAUGCGGAUGUGGCGCGUGGACUGCGACUUAGUGAUCUUCUCUCCAACCCAGAGGCCGCAGCUGUGGCCCUCAAUAUGAUGACGAACGUGGUGCGCUUCCUGCAGUUUGAGCAGAAGGAUCCACUCGUCGCCCACCAGGAGCGGCUGCAUGGUGGAUUAGAGCAGACGCCGUGGGACCGCUUUGCACGGGCGGAGUACGACCGCAUGUCACAGGAGACACUAUCCGAGUGA